UCUUUGUCACUGACGUUUCAGUCCUUUUUCCAUCAGUCCGCGAUAUACGUUUGUUUACAAUCACAAGCCGCUUUACGAAACAAGUUCUCAAUUAUCUCUCGCUCCGUUUGUCAUUAAUUCCGACCUGCAAUGGCCAAACAUCAUCCAGAUUUGAUUUUUUGCAGAAAACAACCGGGAGUCGCCAUUGGUCGUUUGUGCGAGAAAUGUGAUGGAAAAUGCGUGAUUUGCGAUUCGUAUGUCAGACCGUGCACUUUGGUGCGAAUUUGUGAUGAAUGCAAUUACGGUUCAUACCAAGGACGAUGUGUGAUUUGUGGCGGUCCGGGAGUGUCAGAUGCAUACUAUUGCAAGGAGUGUACCAUCCAAGAGAAAGACAGAGACGGAUGUCCAAAGAUUGUCAAUCUGGGAAGUUCCAAGACAGACUUGUUCUACGAACGGAAAAAGUAUGGAUUCAAGCAACGUUAGACGAAAAAAAUCAAUUUUGGAUUUUCGAUGGAAAAUAUUUUUUUUUAUUAAAUAAAGAGCGCCACAUCCGA